AUGUCGACAUCAGCUCCCAGAAUCCAAGCACUCGCCAUCGUCUCACCACGAGGCGGGCCGAUCUACGUCCGCCAGUUCGGAAGCGCUCCAAGCUCGUCAACGGCGGCUGAUUUGCGGUACCACUACUUUUCCCAUGCCGCACUCGAUGUGAUGGACGAACGCACCGCGCUUGCCACCGCUCCGGGCGCAUCGUCGAACAGAACCAGCUCAGAGCAGUACCUUGGCCUGCUGUCCACGCUCGAAGACCUGGCGAUCUACGGCUUUCAGACAUGCGCCAAGCUGCGCUUCCUGCUAAUGAUCUCGUUGACUGACCAUGCGGUGCGCGACAUCGACAUGCUCACGCUCUUCCGCGCUGUCUACACAUCGUACCUCAAGUACUCGGCGAAUCCGUUCCAUUCGCUCCCACCAACAGCAUUCGCACGAGCAGCCGAUAGUAAUAAUGAGGCAGCGGUAGCACAGGAGGAGCUGGAGCAACGGCAGGCGAGCAAUCUGCCAAUCAAUUGUCGGCCAAUACGCAGCUCGGCUUUCGAUGCCAGGAUCGACCGCAUCGUCUUUGGAAGCGCGAGCACUGCAGGAGCUCCGAGGGAAAGCGGGUCAGCCCCAAGACCAACAGCUGCUUCAGCUGCUCGAUAG